AUGACGGAGAUUCUGGGUACCAUCCUAUGCCAAGUAGCAGAUGGUGCAAUGUCUGCUGGCAGUGGCACCGAACCUGCAGCAGAACAAAAUAUCAUCAACGACAUAUCAAUUUCCCUCUCUGACAAGAGAGCAAAAGAAGAUAAUUUUGUUGCUUGUCGGCAGCACAACAAUGGCCGCGGUAGCUCCUCGCACGCCAAACAGAUCCGUCGCCUUUCUCUCGACACGGAUUGCAUUCCAGAUGAGGAUGUAGUAUCUCAUAUUCGCUCCCUUGCUGUUCUUAGUGACCAACCCCACAUUGGUGUCCCCUUGAAGAAGUUUAAAAACCUGCGAGUGCUAGAAAUUGACAGCUGUAAACGUCUAGAGAACUUUUCUCUGGUGGAUAUAUGCGGGCUGAUCUGGCUGCGGUAUCUGGGUCUCAACGGCUGCCUUGAAAUCACAGAGAUCCCACGGGAGAUUUGGAGACUGCAGAAUCUGGAGACGCUAGAGGUGAGGAACACAGGUAUUUGUAAACUACCCAUGGAAAUUGGGACACUGGUGCAUUUAAGGACUCUGAAUGUAAGUGGCACAAUGGUCACAGAGGUUCCAAGGGAAAUCACCGGACUUUCUCGUUUGGAGAAUCUGGAUGUAAGCUCGACAGGGCUGAAAGAGUUGCCUAAGGAAGUAGGAAAACUACAGGAGUUGAGGACUCUGGACAUUAGAGUGACUAAAGUCAGAGAGCUACCCCGCAGGGAAAUUCCAAAUUCUUUUUUAAGUGUGGUCGGCCACUUUGAUUCGAGUUCUGGUCGAGUGGUGAAGUUGCCUCUGGGUGUCUUCAGAUCAAGUGGUGAUGAACAGGUUAUUUCCUCUUCUGGAGCAAAUUUCAGGGAGAGCCUAUCCAUCCUCGUGCUCUUUAAUCAUCUCUACAAGAGGUGUGAAGUUCUUCCAGUUCCGAUGCAUAGAGUUGCCGGGAGACACAUGAAAGUCCCGCAGUGGGUCAAGCAAGACUUGUGCAAUGUCUGCUCCUUAGAUAUCAGUCUCUGCAAACUGGUGGAGGAAGACCUCGAGUUUCUGAAGACGCAGAUGCCCAACCUGCAGGCUCUCCAACUAAGGUUCGAGGUCCUCCCACGGGAGCCGGUUGCCAUCACUGGUGGAGGGUUCUUGAAGCUAGAGACGUUCUACGUCGAUUGCCGUCUGCCACGGGUGAUCACCUUCUGGGAAGGAGCGAUGCCGAAGCUGAAACAUCUUGAGUUCAAGUUCUACACCGGCACGGCAAGGCAACACUACUCCAUGGGAAUCAGGCAUCUCGACAGCCUUGAGAAGGUCGUGUUCCGAUGCUCCGAGUACUAUACAAGUCACGGUCCGGGCAUCCGCGAGACAAUUGAUGUACUGAGAAAAGAAGCUGCGGAGCAUCCCAACAAGAUCACCCUUUGGGUCAAUAACAUGAAACCUGAGGUUUUCCUCAAGACAAUUGAUGUACCCUUUAAAGAAUGGAAACGUGAACAACGUCUUCGACUAUCGACGGCAGCAGAGGUGCGAGCUCAGCGGGACAAAAACAACGCAAGGGCUGGAACUGAAAAGAAAAUUCAAGAAAGGAAAAGCAAUCUUGAAAUCAGGGAACGACGAUUGAGGGAAGCAGAGCGCUACUAUAACAUAUAA